AUGAGUCAACAGAAAGAAGCCAAGAGAUUCUUAAGUGCCUUGAAUAAACAAUCUGAAUCGAAGCAAAAAGAUUGUUUCUCUAUAUCUAUAUCUCACUAUUUGCCAUUUGGAUCAUUUUUUACUCAAGAGCUAUACAGUUUGGCAGAUAACAUCAGUUUAAGAGUUUCUGAUAUUGACACCUUAGUGGAUAAUUUAAACACUGUUGGUUAUCUACAUUGCUGCACUGAUGAUAAAGGACUAGCUGCAGGACUCAAGAAUCAAGAUCCUUUCAACUGUACCUAUGGCAUUAUUGCUGAUGAUAUUUAUGCUUUGUUAGACUCUUUUGGC